AUCGGGCGUGAGGCAGCAGACGAGAGGCGGACUGAAGCCUGCAGCUGUCCGCAGGAGAACCAUGGAGAACCCCGAGAACCCGCCUCUGUAGGGCCGAGCAGGACGCUCCAUAUCCGGGGAACAAGAGUCAACUCACCGCCGCUGUAAACACGGUGGGGGGGCUCCCUCCUGCGGGAAGAAAUGUGGCUAAACCCGGAGGAAGUUCUGCUGAAAAACGCUCUGAAGCUCUGGGUGACCGUCAGGAGCAACGACUUCUUCCUCCUGCAGAGGAGGAGAGGACAUGGAGAGCCCACAGGCAGGAUCACAGGUCUCCUGGUGGGGGCGCUGGACUCGGUGCUGGACUCUAACGCCAGAGUCACUCCUUUCCGCAUCCUGCUGCAGGUCCCCGGGUCCCAGGUCAGCUGGGUCAUCGCCAGCGGAGCCGCUAUAGGGGAGGUGAAUAAGCACUGGGACUGGCUGGUCCACAACCUGCUGCACUCUCUGUCUGUGUUCGAGAACAAGGAGGAUGGGGCCAGCUUCGUCAGAGGAAAAGUCAAGGGUCUUAUCGCUGAGGAGGUCCGGGGGCGCCAGGCGGCUCAGGAGGAAGACCCCGAGAAGUUCAGGGAGCUGCUGAGGAAGUUCGAGCUGCACUUUGGCCUCCCUUCGUCGGAGAAGCUGGUGACGUAUUACUCGUGCUGCUGCUGGAAGGGCAGGGUGCCGCGGCAGGGCUUCCUCUACCUCAGCAUCAACCACCUGGCCUUCUACGCCUUCCUGCUGGGGAAGGAAGUGAAGUUUGUGAUCCCCUGGGCGGAGGUGACGCGGUUGGAGCGGGUCUCCAGCGGUCUGAUGACGGAGGCCAUCAGGAUCAACACCCGGAGGAGACAGAGGGAGUUCUCCAUGUUCCUGAACCUGGACGAGGCGUUCGGGGUCAUAGGUCAGCUGGCGGACAUCGCCCUCAGGCGGCUGCUGGACAGCGAAGGCCUGGAGCUGGACCGAGUGCUGCAGCAGCCGGCACGCAUCACUAAGAGGAUCCUGGAGGAGCAGGCGAUACGGGAGUACGUGCUGGCGUUGUUUCGCCUCCCUCGGGGGGAGAGGCUCCACGAGGUGGCCUCCUGCUCGGUGUGGACCCCCCACGCUCGCUGCCACACGGCCGGGACCCUCUACACCACCGACUGCUACCUGUGCUUCUCCAGCAGAGAGGAGGGCAGCUGCACCCUGCUCAUCCCCCUCUCAGAGGUGCUGUCCAUAGAGAAAGCGGAGAGCACCAGCCUGCUGCCUCACCCCGUCAUCGUGAGCGUCCGCAGUAAGAAAGCCUUCCAGCUGAUCGAGCUGCAGGACCGCGACGAGCUCGUGGAAAACCUGAACGCCAGACUGCGAUCUCUGCAGUGGAAACAGGCCAUGUUCAGAGGCAAGAAGGACGGCAAGAGGAGCAUGAGGUCCCCGACACCUUACUACACUUUCUACUACGACACGGGGCAGUCUGAUGAAGAGGAGAUCGAGGAGCAGGUUCUCAGAAACACCGUCAACAGCGAGGCUCUGAUGACGGCCUUCCACCUAAACCAACCGGGAACCAACGGCAACAAGAGCGUGGAGGAGGUGAAGCAGCGUCUGUGGGACGCUCACUUCUCAGAGUUCGGUCGUGGCGUCACGAUGUUUAGAACGGACAAAACACAGAGACUCGUUGCCAUGGGGAUACCAGAUUCUCUGAGGGGGGAGCUGUGGAUGUCGCUGUCAGACGCGUCCUCGGAGCUGGAGGCCCACCCCGGGUACUACAGCGGUCUGGUGCAGAAGUCGAUGGGUCAGAUCAGCCUGACCACAGACGAGAUCGAGAGGGAUCUGCACCGCUCGCUGCCCGACCAUCCCGCCUUCCAGAACCCCACCGGCAUCGCCGCGCUGAGGAGGGUCCUCACCGCAUACGCCCACCGAAACCCCAAGAUCGGAUACUGCCAGUCGAUGAACAUCCUGGCGUCGGUGCUGCUGCUCUACGCCAAAGAAGAAGAAGCGUUCUGGCUGCUGGUGGCCGUCUGCGAGCUGAUGCUGCCCGACUACUUCAACCGCAGAGUCAUAGGAGCUCAGGUGGACCAGUCGGUGUUCGAGGAGUUGAUCCGGGAGCGUCUGCCGGAGCUGGCGGAGCACGUCCCCGACCUCUCCACCCUCUCCUCCGUCUCCCUCUCCUGGUUCCUCACCCUCUUCCUCAGCGUGCUGCCCUUCCACAGCGCCGUCUGCGUGGUCGACUGCUUCUUCUUCCACGGGAUCAAAGCCAUCUUCCAGCUGGGUCUGGCCGCGCUGGACGCCAACGCUGAGGCGCUGUCCGCCUGCACCGACGACGGGCAGGCGCUCAUGAUCCUCUCCAGUUUUCUGGAACAGGUUGGAUAUGAGGAGUCGUGUUGUCCCCCGUCCUCCCCCCCUCCGUCCUCCCCCACCCCAUCUUCCCCCCUGCCCGCUAUAGAGGAGACCUGCAGCAGCGAGGCAGAUAUUCCCGCUGUGAGAAACACCAACAUCACGGACCUCAUCAACGAGUCGUACCAGAAAUUCGGGGACCUGACGGUGCGGCAGAUCGAGAGGCUUCGCUGUCGACACAGGAUCUUAGUGCUGCAGGCGCACGAAGACACAACGAAGGAGAACGCUCUGAGGUUGGUGACUCCAGAUGUUUCCAUCUCUCCAGAGAACUUGGCCGAUGUCUACGACCUCUUCAAGACGGAGCACUUCGUCAGUCUGUACUGGGGCGACAGCAGCUCGGCGGCGGCGGCGGAGGCGGCUGCGUGGCGGUACGGAGACUCGGGUCACUCCUACAUGGAGCGGCAGUACCAUCUGGACCGGGCUCAGUUCAAGAGCCUGUACGGGCUGCUGGCCCCGUGGCCCGGCUCCUCGCAGCACGCAGACACCGUCGCCAACAGAACCUUCACCCUGCUGGACAACAACUGUGAUAACCUGGUGACCUUCAGGGAGUUCGCCGGCUGGCUGGACACAUUGUACUGUGAGGAGCUGAAUGAGAAGGUCCGGCUGCUGUACCGUCUGCACAUCCCACCAGCUCUGACAGAAAAUGAGGAUGACCCCUCUCUGAUGAAGAGCCCCCUGGUGUCCACAAACAGACCGCUCUUUGUUAAUCUGCCGUCAGCCGUCAUUGAAACUGCUGUUCCAGAUGUUGAAGGAGAAGUGAAGGACUACCAGGAGCAGCUGAAGCAGAUGCUGAAGGAUCUGGUCAAACAGAGAGAGAAAGAUGUGGAGAAGCCUCUGCCGCUCAUGAACCAGCGUGAGUUCAUCCAGUUUUGUAAGACGCUCUACAGCAUGUUUCACGGCGACCUGGUGGAGAACGACCUCUUCCAGGCCAUCGCCACGGUUACCAGCCUGGUGCUGCAGAUCGGAGAGGUGGAACAUCGGAGACACAGCUCAGCGGGGUCGGAGGUCGGCGCAGAACAAACCCCCGAGGAUGUUGGGAGUUCUUCGUCGGACAGCGAUUGGACGGUCAGCUACGCUCAGAUUCUGGCGUCGCUGCUCACCGAACAGGCGCUGGUGAACUUCUUCGAGAAGCCCGUGGAUCUGUGUGCAAAAAUCUCAGUGGCCAAUCAGAAGCAGUACGAGCAGCGGGCCGGAUUACUCACUCUGCAGCAGGGGAAGUGACCCAAUGUGAGCCGAAUAAUAUCAGUAUCACUGGACAGGAAAAAGCCAGGAAGAUGCAGAGCGCUAGAGAUACCUGUGAUAUUACAAUUUAUAGUAUGACUGAACUGUAACUGACAACAGAAAGGAGGUUUUUUACCAGUUUUCCCAAAGUACUUCGAGCCAAAAAAGACAAUUUAUUACGCAGCAGGCCACAAGAUGGUCGACUCGCUGCAGCAACAUGAGUAAAAAGAUCCUUUUGUGCCUGGAUGAAUUCUCGUUAUUGCCUUUUGACCUCACUGAUGAUGCAGCCUCUAUAAAGUGUUGUGUUACAUGAACAGUCUACGGUGCUGAUCAUUUUGUGUUUUCUGUGCCUAGUUAAAUUCACACGUUUGCCUUUUCACCGUCACCAUAAAGAUGCCUGCAGUUAAACUGUGAUGUGGGCUCAUACUGUCACCACUUUCUAAUAAAGAAGCUUUUAUAAAAUGUU